CACAGAAACCAUACUAACAAAAUCCAGAUUAAUAACAUUCCCAACCAUGCCCAGUGGGAUGAGAUCAACAGACUACUGGCAACAUUUGGUAAUGUUCAACAGUGUGAUCAAGGUGCAGCCACAUCUGAGAAUUCUUUCAGCGUAUCUGUAACAUAUGAUACACCAGAUCAAGCACAGCAAGCUUUCGCUCAGCUGAACGGAUUUGAAUUUGAAGAUACAGUUCUAAAGGUAGACUUCAUAAUGGAUCAGGGUCGUGGAACUCGUGGGGGACGCACAAACAAGGGUCCUUUCCGACCUUUUCCGUACUCAGGGAAUUCACCAAAUCCAAUGCGCCCAACAGACUUUCCACUUAGAAUUCUAGUGUUAAGCGACAUGGUUGGUGCAAUUAUUGGUCGAGCAGGAAACACAAUAAGACAAAUAACUCAGCAGUCAAGAGCCAGAGUUGAUGUUCAUCGGAAAGAAAAUGCAGGAUCCCUAGAAAAAGUAAAAACUAAAAUUGUGGAAGUUGGUAGGGACACUGUAACACUUGUGGAAGUUGGUAGCGACACUGUAACACUUGUGGAAGUUGGUAGCGACACUGUAACACUUGUGGAAGUUGGUAGCGACACUGUAACACUUGUGGAAGCUGUUAGUGACACUGUAACACAUGAAAAUCCCUUGAAAAUAUUGGCACACAAUAACCUGAUUGGUCGCAUUAUUGGCAAAAAUGGCAACACUAUCAAAGGAAUAAUGGAAAAAACAGACACUAAAAUCACUGUUUCUAGUAGCAUCCAUGACGUGAACAGCUUCAACAUGGAGCGCAUCAUUACCGUUGUGGGCAAGUUGGAGAAUGUUUGUAAGGCUGAGCAAAUGAUCAGCACAAAACUUCGUCAGAGCUAUGAAAAUGAUCUUUCCGCUAUGGCUCCCCAAGCAUUCAUGUUUCCCGGGGUCCACCCUAUGGCAAUGAUGUCCACCAUGGGGGCUCCCGGCUAUCCUCCCGCUCCUCGUGGUGGACCAUCUACACCUCCUUAUGGUAUUUAUAACUCUUCUCCUUCCUACAUGCCAGUAAACUACCCUCCAGGACCACCACCACCAUCACAGCACCAUGACCCGAACAAAGAACAGGUGUUUUUGUACAUUCCUAAUGCAGCUGUUGGUGCCAUAAUAGGCACCGGAGGCUCCAGCAUCAGGGACAUGAUCAGUUCUUCUGGAGCAAGUAUUAAGGCAAGUCUUUCUUGCUGCUGUGAAGGAACUUUUAAUAUAUAAAUAAAACUUAGACCU